ACUGAAACACCACCAUUAUUUCUCCAUAGAUCUCUUGUGAGUUUGUGAGAAAUGAACAUAAAGCUCACAGGGAAAGGGGAGCAAACAGUGAUCCUUGCUCAUGGGUAUGGGGCAAGCCAGUGUGUAUGGGAUGAGUUAUGUCCCUUGUUAGAAGACAAGUAUAGAGUGGUUGUGUUUGAUUGGAUCUUUUCUGCAGAUAUAUCACAACAAAAUGAUCAUGAUUUGGAUGCUUUAAACUACUCUAGUUUUAAUGCUUUAUCAGAUGAUCUGAUAUCUCUUGUAGAAGAGAAUCAUCUCCAUGGCUCUGUGUAUGUAGGUCAUUCCAUGGCUGGCAUGCUUGGUUGCAUAGCUUCUGUCAAGUCUCCUCAUCUUUUCAGCCAUCUUAUUCUUCUUGGAGCAACUCCAAGCUAUUUGAAUGACAAAAAUUAUAAAGGUGGAUUCGAUAAGGAAAUGGUUGACAAAAUGCUAUGUGACAUAGAAUUUAAUUUCAAGACAUGGGCCCCAAAUUUCGCAUCAAUGGUCGUAGGUCCUGAAAACCCGGACGCUGUGGAAAAAUACACAAAGACAUUGCAAAGAAUGAAGCCAGAGGUUGCCCUUUCGGUUGCUAGAACACUUUUCCAAAGUGAUAACAGGCAUGUACUAGAGAACGUUCAGAUCCAAUGCACCAUAAUUCAUUGCAAGAACGACAAUGUCGCACCGGAGUUCGUGGCCAAGUACAUGGAGGCGAAGAUGAAGGGCCGAGCCUCGAUCGUUACCAUCGAUGCCGAUGUCGGGCACUUCCCUCAGCUCACUGCUCCUCAAAAACUAUAUCAAGUUCUUCACAAAGUCCUUACCUCCAACACCUCCUUGUUUCAAUCAUGAAAUGAUGUGGUGCUUAAAGUUUGAGCUUUGGUAUUGCAUGUGUGGAAUAAAUGAAUUACUAAGUAUAAUCUCAAGAACAAUUUAGUACAUCAUACAUGCCAGUGUCCUCCUUUCAAACAUUUUAACUGUGAUCAUUAGCGUUGUGUGCAAUAAAUGAAUUAUUAAUUAUUAUCUCAA